GGCUGUGUGAGAGCUGCGUUGUCUGGGGAUGGGGCGCGCUGUCUCUUUAAUCGCUGAGCUGGAAAUGGCGACACGGCUGGGUUUAUUCCUCGUUGUUGGAGAGAGAGUCCGCGGGCGGAGAGCGAGGAUUUAAACUGCUGUAGUGUUUCUGUAGCGGAUCCAGCGGAAGCGGCGGGGUCGCGGAUCUCCAGACUGCGGCGAUGCUGAAGCCAGUCCUCCACUAAAGCCCGGAGAUCACCGCAGAGCAGCGGCAGCAGCAGCCGGUCAGUUAACCGCUUUAUCCAGGGGGUAGUGGCAGGUGACGUUUAGCAGACACACAAAGAAAAACAGACGACCAAAUGGAGGACAAGAGGAAGAAGCGGAGUCCCAAAGUUUCACUCCCCCAGCCCCCGCCUCCACCCAUCAACCCCCGCAAACUCUCCGUCCUCCCGGCCAGCAAGAGCGCCACCUUCUCCCUGGGCCUUCCCCAGCCGCCAUCACCUAAACCCAGGGGCAAGUUCAAGAGGUCUGUGGGGGCAAUGGGAGCAACAAAGGAGGUCCUGACUGUACCUGUGGUCCCUCCUAAAGCCACCAGCAGGCCUCACAGAGAGAAGCCACGAGCACCUCAGCCUGCCGGCCCCAGCCACAUGUCGCAGUCCUCCUCCCCCCUCCAGCAUUCCUUCCUCACUGAUGUUUCUGAUGUGAGAGAGAUGGAAGGCGGACUUCUCAACCUGCUCAAUGACUUCCACUCAGGAAAACUGCAGGCUUUUGGGAAGGUGUGUUCGUUUGAGCAGUUGGAGCAUGUGCGGGAGAUGCAGGAGAAACUGGCCCGGCUGCACUUUAGUUUGGACAGCCAUGUAGAGGAGCUGUCUGAGGACCAGAGGAAAAGUGCUUCUGACCGCAACCUGGAACACCUGCUCAGCAACCUGGAAGAACUCAGCAGUUCAAUACAAAAGUUGCACCUGGCAGAGAAUCAAGACUUGCCCAAGACCUCUGGUCCCUGAAAGACAACACACAGCAAACACACCAGCUGCAUCCUGAACAGGCAGGAGAUGCUAUUACCAUGGCUACAGCUCCACCUGGCUAUCUUACACCUGCGACUGCUGUACUGGUCAAGAAACCUGACCCGCUACCAAGAACCUGCCAAAGCACAGUGUCUGAAGAGCUCAAAAGUCCUCUUUCCGUGUAUACCAUUCAAACCCAUUUGCUUCAGGCUUUUUACAAUGGAGUGAAAAAUGCUUUGUCCACUUCACUUUCAGUUUUGUAGUUGAUUGUAGGCUGUUUUUGGUAGGUAAAUGCAUUAUUGAAGGUUUAUGUUCUGUGAAACUAUCGUGGGGUCAGUUGCACCAAUAUGUUUGAACUGUUUGGUCGUAGUCAGUGUUCAUGGGAAGUAAAUUCUGAUUAAAACUGAAUGAAAGUUUUCCAAGUAAUCUAAAAAAAAAAAAUAGGUUGAGUUGCACAACCUACUGAUGCUGUGCCCACUAGGGCAGGGGGACACUAUCAAAAAUCUUUUAUCAUUUUCGGUAGGUUUCUCAACAAUUAACGAUUUUACACACAAAAAAAUCUUUUUAUAUCAAUCAAUGAAAGUAAAUAGGAUGGAAUUCCAGAUUAACCCCUAAGUAGAAGGUACGCAUUGAUGUCACAUUCCAACCGGAACACAACCACUUAUUCAGACUGGCAGAGUGGCAAAACAUUUUACAACUUGUUUCUUUGGGGAAACGGUCAAAACGGUUAUUUCUAGCAUCACAGUGUGCUCUGUGAAAAGCGCAGUGAUUCUGUUCCUAUACAUUAGUUCACAGGCGCCUUCUGCUGAUCAUCACCUUUUGGAGUGAUGAGGAGAGAGUGCGCCAUCUACCCACCCAGAGAGUACAAGGCCAAUUGUGCUCUCAGGGCUCCGGCAGCUGAUGGCAAGCUGCAUGAACAGGAUUGAACCCAGCGAUUUCCCAAUCAUAUUGGCAUCGCUUUAGACAGCUGGAACACCCAAGGCCAUUAUAUGCUUUAAUUAAAUAAAAAAAAUCUGUCAGAAUGACCAAAGAAUUCAUGGAUUUCCAUGGAUGCUUGAGAAAUACAUUAAUAAUAUGCUAUGUUAUUAUGUAAUUAGUAAUUAGUAUAAACUCUGAUUAAAAACACAGCGCUAAAUACAUAUUUGGGUUGCUGGAUUCCUGUUGGAGCUGUGAAUUGAAGCAGUGCAGUUGCUAACCACGUCUUUAGUUGCUGUCAGUCUGUAACAGAAUUGAUCUGAUUGUUUUUUGAAUCUGUUUCUACAGUCAGUCACACAAUAGUUGCCACUCAGUCUGUCUUUUUGCCACUCAAUAGGCGUAUCUGCAUUAACUCACCAAACUGUGAUGUCACAUGCAUACCCAGGGAAGUGUUCCUUUAGCCAAUAAGGUGGAAUUAACUGGUUGUUCGAAGUACAGGCAUUAAAUGCUUGUGGAUGAUAUCCAAGCAUUAUGUUAGUAUGUUUUGGAUUGCCUAACACAUGGUCAAGAACAACAUUGCAAUGAGCUCCAGCUAUGCUACUACAAAGACAUUGUUUAUAUGGCUGCUUUCUUCCAUUACUCAUUAAGUAGUUCCCUAUUAAGCCAUGAAAACAGAUAUGUUUCCUUGUAAUUUCAGCAUUAGCUGAAAAGCUAUUAAAAAUAUACUAUCACUUAGUAGCCUGUUACUUAGCAAAACCGCUAAGAGCAUAUACCUCCUGAUGGCAAGCUAGCAUGCUACUUCCCUUUGCUGGCUAUUGAACCAAAAACGUAAACAGGAAAAAAAAAACUUAUAUUAUAUAAAUGUAAAUUAGCAGGGUUGUAUAGUCCUUCUAAAGCCAUACAGGUAGAAAAUAACAGCAUAAUAAAAUACAACCAAAAUGGCUCAAGACCAAGCUUUAGCCUUUAGUACAGGUGCGGCUGGCCCUUAUAUGUCUCCUAUACAGCAAAUUGUUUUUACAUUUUUGCCAAAAUCAAUACAUAUCAUAAUCAUGUAUUUGUAGCCCCCAUGAUGUUCUUGUUUAGUGUGUGCUUUAUCUGUUUUAACAUGUUUAACAUUUUGUAAAGCGUUUUAAAAUGGUAAAGCGGUACAGUAGCUGUAGACUCGCUCAGGACGAUGAUUGGACCUUAAGGUGCCUCUCCUCAAUUUGUAGCAGAAACUGGAAUAUUUUAGUGUACACUCUUUGGAAACGUUUCCGGUGGCCUACACUGGAACACAAGGUUUUUACCCACGUAUGAAUAAUCAUUCUUGAUAUUGAGUCUUCAUUGGUGGUUUUGUGUUUGUAAAGUAAUAUUGAAUUUUAAGCAUUGGUGUUAAAAUUGUAGAAAGAUAUUUAGAUAAUCACACAGCUUCACGUAAAUGCAAAAGCAUAUUUAUUUCACGUGAAAUAAUUGAAAACUGCUUUUCUUUUUUUUCUUUUUUUUUUUUUUUUAGCAAGUUUUUGUUAAGUAAGGGUAUAGGAAUGUUAUCUGCUAGUUAAGACACUAAAGGGAGUGUGCCACUUUUCUGAAUGGUUUAUUUAUAUAAAUUGUAAUAGCAUGUUUUAUUAGUGCUAAGAAGAAACUUAGUUUCAAAGUAAUUAAUAUAAUAAUUUAGCUACGGUCUUUGGUAGCUUUGAUUGUUUAACUGUUUGCAAAAAUGGACCAAGGUGGAGUAGCAUACUAGUUACUUACAUUACCAUAUACAUUAUAAGUCAAAAGUCUAAAUUCAGACCUUUUUUCAUUAUUUUUAAAAGUUCUGAUUUGUAGAUUAAUACUAAAGUCAUCCAAACUAUGAAGAAAAACAUAUGGAAUUAUAAAAAAAAAAACAUAAAACAUACCAGAAAAUGUUUUAUAUUUAUAUUCUUCAAAGUAGACACCUUAUCCAUAGAUGACAGUUUGGCACAUCUUGGCUGGAUUUUCUCAGUCAGCUUUAUGAGGUAGAGUCACCUGGAAAUUGAGGCUUUCAGUUAACAGCUGUGCUGAACUCGUCAAGAGUUCAGACCCUCAGAAAUAUAUCUAACAGCACCACAGAUAAGAGCCACCUAAAUGCCUCACAGAGUAUUUUGGUUUGUUUAACACUUUUUAACAGUUUGCUACAUCAUUUCUUAAGUGUUCUUUCACAGUCUGGAUGACUUCAUUUUUUAAUUUAUAAUCUAGCAUCAUACACUAAUGCAUUGAAUGAGAAGGUGUUUUGUUUGUUAAUAACAUAACCAUUGCUUGUUUAAUAAAUGUGUGUACAAAUUC